AUGCUUCUCCCGCUCUUCAUGGACGUCUUCUGGCUCAACCGGAUGUCCAAGUAUCUGGUGUUCGGCAUGCUCGGCAUCGCCAUCAGCAUGUCCUGGGGCUACGCCGGAAUCCUCAAUCUCGGUCAGGGCCUCUUCUUCGGCUUCGGCGCCUACAUGCUGGCGAUGUCGUUGAAGCUCGCGAGCCCGACGAGCCUGCAACAGGGAUCGGCGGACGAGCCGGUUCCCGACUUCAUGCUGUGGACGUCGGAACCGGGCGCGCCCAUCGACCUCUGCUGCAUCAACCAGGGUUCGUUCCUUUGGAUUCCCUUCAAGGAACAGUGGUUCGGCGUGGCCAUGGGGUUGGUCAUGCCCACCCUCAUCGCCUUCGUUCUGGGUUACGCGAUGUUCCGCGCCCGGAUUGCGGGUGUCUAUGUGGCGAUUCUAACGCUCGCCUUGUGCCUGCUGGUGCGCCUCCUUGUUAUCGACGCGCACCGCUCAUUAACGGUUUCAACGGACUGA